GGAAAUGACAUGUGCGGAUAUUGCCACAAUCCGAAUGACGCACCAGAGAAGUGUGUCCAGCACAUCUCGGACGCCAUACAAAUCAUCUACGACCACGUGCCCCGAGUAAUUGUUUCCCUAACCGUAAUGCUUCAUCUAGAAGUGCUGCGCCUGACUGAUUCUGGACACUUCUUCUGCACAGAAUUACAUGUUGACGAGUGUGGAUGCGAAAGCGACAAAGGUUACAACAACAGCUUCUUGUUGACUUCUCAUUAUCAUAUUACUCAGGCAUGUGUUGAUUAUGCAAAUCGAGAGAUAGCCCUGGGAAAUUCUGGAAAAUUCGACAAGGAAGAUUUCACGCUGGUUGUUCAGCCCUUCUUCAGAGACAUUGUAACACCGCCAAUGAAGGUAAAAAAAUUUGCAUGCAAGCUCAUAUAG